GCGUAUUAUUUGCAUUGCAACACUGUUUGCCGAGGCGAUAAUGCCGACGUCAAAAUAAAAACGAAGAUUUGCCGCAUAGUAGAAAUCAUUUGCAUUCGAGCUGGUCGGAGUAAAUUUAAACUAAGAAAAAACUUGAAACUAUCAACACUUAUCGCUGCUACAGGUAAGGAGAAAUUGGUAACGUAGUGAUAUUCGUUAAAUUGCAAAUCUUAUAAAUUGUAACCGGCCACGCUUUGUAGAGCUAACGCAUAAUUUGUCAAACUACCUUUCAAUAUCAGCAGAAACCACUACAGUCAACAACAAAUAAACUAAAAUGAGCUGGCAAGAUUAUGUGGAUAACCAACUUUUGGCCUCGCACUGUGUAACAAAGGCUUGCAUCGCUGGACAUGAUGGCAAUGUUUGGGCCCAAUCUAAGGGAUUCGAGGUAACAAAAGAAGAAUUGGCGAAAUUAAUCGCUGGAUUUGAUCAGCAAGACCUGCUCACAAGCAAUGGUGUCACAUUAGCCGGUCAAAGGUACAUAUACCUUUCAGGUACAGAUCGUGUAGUCCGCGCUAAGUUGGGCCGCAGCGGAGUGCAUUGCAUGAAAACUACACAAGCCGUGAUCGUUUCUAUUUAUGAGGAUCCUGUUCAGCCUCAACAAGCCGCAUCUGUUGUAGAGAAGCUUGGAGAUUAUCUGAUUACUUGCGGGUACUAGAAAUAAUCCAUAAUAAUAAAAGUAAUAAUAUAAUAAUUAUAAUAAAAUCAUUAAAGCAGUAAAAUAUCUUCUAUAAAAUCUAUUUUGGAAUAAUUUCAUACGAAAAAAUAAAGUCACAGUAAAUAAAACAAA